GCUUUGACAACGUCAUAACUGAAUUGCUGUCGCACUCGCUACGGUUUUGUCUUCGUCUGCCUGCUUCGGAUUCUUCCAGCGAUUUCUUGCGAACACCCGAUCUACCUUGAGGAGCACCUAUCCUACCCCGCCCGCCAAAUAUUGAAGUCGAACACAUUGGGACAAGCUUGUUGACCUGAUACUUGAUUUGAUUGCUAGUUCUUUCUUUUCUUCGCUUCUCGCGUGGGUUCAAAUCUUUGCGACAUGUUUUUCCUCAAGGAAGAGACCAAGGUUAUCACGUUGCACCCGUCCUAUUUUGGGCCUAAUGUGCGAGAGUACCUGAUAAACCGGCUGAACGAGGAGGAGGAAGGACGGUGUACGGGAGAUCACUUCGUGAUUUGUGUGAUGGACAUGGUAGAUAUUGGAGAAGGCCGAGUUCUACCUAGCAGCGGGCAAGCCGAGUACACAAUUAAAUACCGAGCUAUUAUCUGGAAGCCGUUCCGUGGAGAGACCGUCGAUGCCAUCGUUACGUCUGUUAAGCCCACCGGAAUCUUCACAUUAGCGGGUCCACUGUCGGUCUUCAUUGCGCGCAAGAACAUUCCUUCCGAUAUCAAGUGGGAACCAAACACAGUGCCUCCUCAAUACACAGAUCACGCGGACCAGGUAAUUGAGAAAGGGACAAGUCUACGACUCAAGAUCCUUGGUGUCAAGCCAGAUGUCGCCGCAAUCAAUGCUAUUGGAACCAUUAAAGAAGACUACUUAGGACCACUGUAAAAAAUUUCGACGAGAAGAUACCUUUAUCACAUCUAAUGAUUAUACCAAUACUACCGCCAGCAAGCGCUUGAAAAGAUUCUGUUGCUGUUUCUACCAUCAUACAAGGGGAUUACGGGAAAGGAGCAAGUGUCCCGAGGGGGUACAAUCAUUGCUUGAUCAAAAGACA